AUGGUGUCUACGUACCAGAGGUUCACCCUCUCGUGGGCCCUGCUGACAAGUCUGCUUAUAUGUUGUGGCCUUGUAGGCGCUCAAUUUGACCCAGAAGACACUAAUGACAGGCCGAUAUCCUGGCGGUUCGAUGCUUCACCCGUACGCCCUCAUCUAAAUCCCCGUAAUAUGGAGCAACGCGACGAAAUGCAGAGAGUAGGAGCUGUUGCCGACGAUGCGAAAAGAUACAGCGUUAUUGCAGAGGACGCGUUGAAGCUUGUUUUUCCACAGUCGAGCACGAACAACUUCCACGUCACCAAACUGCUCUUCGACAAAAAUUAUGCCAAUAAUGACAUAAAUGUUGACCUAUGGGAAAAAAUUAGUGCCAUGGUUAAAUCCAUUACCGAUGGCUAUAAUAAAAUUCGAAAUGCUGUAUUCCAUCCUGCGGCAGUCAAGACUGUAAAAACUGGAGUUUUCCAAUCUGCCACCGUGAUGCAAGAUUUCUACGGCUAUCAAGAGAUGAUAUCUCAGAUCAACAUUAAUCACUUGCGCAAGUACCUCGACGAUUUGAUUAGUAGUUCACAGCUCUACAUGCAACUGAAGAUGUUCAAAGCACUGCCUCCAUACUUGUUGAACGAAGUCGAACCUUUCAUGCUUAUCAGGAAACUGAGCACUGUAUACAGCAUUACAGGGGUUUAUAAUUAUACGGGGUUGAUUAGUGAGGCACUGAAGGCUUUUACUGACGCAGAAUCUCCGGAGUCCAAAGAAUAUAAGACUUGGAUUAACCACCAAAGGGCUCAAUUGAAGGAGCUGGCAGCCUUGCUAUUAACAUACGACGUGGAUAAGGCUGAAGAGGCAUGUUCCUCAUUGCAGUGUAUGGGCUACACCAACAGUGCCAACGUAGCUCUGUGGUACGAACUCUACUCGGCCAUCGAUGAGCAGACCGUGCUGAUGCGAUCCUCUGACGAGCUCAAAACAGCCAUUCAUCUGACUCUGGCGAGGCGCGGAAAUACAUAUUAUGAUUACUGCAACCUCAGCAAGAUUGCAUGUAUCCUGUCGAGUUUGCUCCCGCAGCGUGUUAUGACUCAGGAGGAGCGCCAUGAGUUCGAGGCGAACAUGAACCGCCUACGUGCGUCAAUGAUGGCCGCGGGCAUCAAAAUCGAUGCGUCAGCACCAACGGCAACGGAUGAAUCCAUAGUGGAUCACUUCGAUCCGACGGCACCAAUCAACGCCAGCCGAACGGAACUGACGCUUUUCAUUGUUUACACCAAAAGUAUGAUGAGGAAUAUAGUGAAGUCUCAAAAAUGGAUCCGCGAUCGCCUCUACAAUGUGGCCAAUAGGAAAAUCAUUCAACGUGAGUCGAGUGGUAUGGAUGAUUGGCGAACCGAAUUUGAUAGAUUACGGGAUACGUCUGAUAUAAUCCAGGAUAUAAUUGGCGCUUCGAAGGUGUUGAACGAUAGAAUUGACGUAUACAUCGACAAGUAUCUUACAUCCUCGGCUAAUGAAUACAUUACGGAAUAUGGAGGCUAUUUGAUAUUAAAAAAGGCGCACCGUGUGAUGUCAAACACUUCGGCUGUGCGCGGGCUCAUGCUUGAUUUUUACGCACGCCUCAACCGUACAUUUGUGGCAAGGGAAGCGCAGAUGAAGCUUUACGCGUAUCCAUCGCUUUUGUACGAAGUCGCAAACCUUGUGUCCACUUCGUGUCGGGCUCUAAAUGCGUACCUGACUCCUUACAUGGAAUUGAUCGGAGCGGUGACUAUGGAUAUGGCCAAAGCGGAUGCAGCCUUGAGUUCUGCACCCCCUUCUGUGUCCUCAUCAGAUAGGUUUGAACAUAUGCGCGCAAGGUACCAGAGCCUCAAAGAUGACGUGCAGCUCGUUUUGAAUCAGUUCGGUGACCUGGGUGUGAAUGCGGAAAGAAUUCUUGGGCUGUUGCGGUUUGUGGACGGAAAUGCAGUGUCUGAGUCAGAGGAUAGCAGGGAGCAACUGUGGUACUCGUACUUUGAGCUGAGAGAAGACAUUCAUAAUGGAAUCCUGUUGGGUUCAGCUUUUGAAAGCAUCAGGUACAAAUGCGAGGAAAUAAGCAAAUUUGCAGAUGAGCUGGCGGCGCUCGUUGACGGGGAUGGAGGAAGUGGUGAGGCGUCGCGCCGAGCUACAGCAGUGCCAGGGGAGUCGACCGAAGACUCCGUUUCUGGUGAUGCCGCUAGUUCUGAUGAGAGCGCUGCAGAUGGGCCUGUGGAUGCUGCUUCGGUUGCAGGCGGUGAAGUUGUUGCUCCGACGGAAGCAGAACAUGGCGAUGCGGACGGAUCAUUGGCCGAGUCGGAUGGUAGAGAUGGAGCUGAUGAGGCGACGGGUAGCGUGCCUUCGGAGAGAGCGCAGGAAGCAGUCAGUGCGUCGACUAACGAUCAUGUAACUCCCGAGCCAACUUUUGGAAUGCCUUCUGAAGAGUCUUACACGACGCUGCCGGAUGAAACCAAGGCAACACCUCAACCAACCGUUGACAUGCGUUCACUGGAGUCUUACACAAGCCUGCCGGAUGAAACCAAGGCAACACCUCAACCAACCGUUGACAUGCGUUCACUGGAGUCUUACACAAGCCUGCCGGAUGAAACCAAGGCAACUCCCGAGCCAACUUUUGGAAUGCCUUCUGAAGAGUCUUACACGACGCUGCCAGCUUAUGAGGAGGGUGUCUACGAGCCGGCUACCGGCGUGUUUAGGCUGUCGCGGGAGGAUGAGCGUACGCCAAUUGACGGUGACGUCAGCACGGGUACCACGGCGGCCGACAGAGCGACCGAGAGCACGACGGAGAAGAGCGCCGAAGAGUUGCCACGUGCGUUUGGGGGAGUGGAAGUGCCAAGAGGUGAAACGCCUGGCGGUGAAGUGCCUGCGAUGUGGGGUCAGAGUGACGAGGAGACGCCGACCGAUUCCAGUGCGACCCGCGAGGUAACGAAAGCGUCUGACAGCGAGAUUCGCAAAAACGCUCCAACGGCGGAUCAGUCGAGUUCAGAAGACCCGAGUGGAACUGAAACUGCGGCAAUUGCUAGUGAAGUUGAGGUUGCUGGUGGAGCUGCGGUUGCUGGUGAAGUUGAGGUUGCUGGUGAAGCUGCAGUUGCUAGUGAAGCUACGGUUGCUGGUGAUGACUGGGCUGACGAUGAUGACAUUAGUCCUUCAACGCCGGAAGCGUCCGGGAGAGUGACGGGAGUUGAUGAGGUGCCGUCAGAGGUGAUUGUGCUGUCUGGUAGUGUGGAUGAGAGGGGCAACCUGCGCGAUAAGUUGAGUAGCGGCUUCGGUGCGGUUUGCGUCUGCGUGAAGGCGGUACUCUCUCUGUUUCUGUGGGCGGUGCUGUGGGUGUAG